AUGGCGGGACACGAGGCCAGCUGCGACGAGGACCCGCUCUCUGUGGCGCUGCAGCUGCCGGCGGAGUCCGGCUCUGACGCCGAGGAGGAGGGAGAGGACGCAGGGGGCCCGAGGAAGGCGGCUGUCGCGGGCGUGCGGGGGCGGCGGGGGCGGCCUGGCGGCGACGCGGGCGCCAGGCAGCCCUGCAAGUUCUCCAUAGACAGCAUCCUCGGGCUGGGGACGGCGGUUCAGAGGCUGGAGACGGAGUUCAUGGACUUGGGCUGUGGCCGGGAGUCGAACCCAGCAAGUAGGCCGCAGCACAUCGCUCGUCCAGAGCCGAGGCUUCCUUCGCCCGAUAUCGUGGAGCCCAUUCCACACAGAUCGAGCGGUGAGAGCGUGUGGUGUCCUGUCCAGGCCGGUACCUGCGGCACUGCUGGCGGUGUCUGGCAGUUCCGGGACGCCUCCGCCGCCGCCAGCGUCCUCCUCGGGGGCGGCGUCGGGGCGGCGGCGGCGGCGGCGGCUUUCCUCGAUUACGGUGCGACCGGCCCGGGGGGUUCCGCGCCGGCGGCUUCUCUGGGCUCCCUGCUGUACGGCGGCUGGCUCGCCUCUGCUGCCGCCUCCGCCGCCCGACCACACCCGCACCUGUUCGGCCUGCAAGCCCCGAAGCCCUCUGGAAGGCGUUCUCGGAAGCCGGGGCUGGACCGGAAGCCCCGCCAAGCGUACAGUGCCAAGCAGCUGGAGCGGCUCGAAGCCGAGUUCAAGCUGGACAAGUACCUGAGCGUCAGCAAGCGGAUGGAGCUGAGCAAGGCUCUGGCGCUGACGGAGGUGCAGAUCAAGACGUGGUUCCAGAACCGGCGCACCAAGUGGAAGAAGCAGCUCACCUCCCGCCUCAAGAUGGCUCACAGGCAGGUGACAUCUUGUACAUGA